CGAGGCGCCGCGACCCAACCCUGCGGCCGGCUUCGGCCCCGAGGGUCCCAACCAAAACUAGGUAUUCUAACCAAAGCCUGGGGCUGGAAGGAAGGAGCAACACUGAUAUCUCCAAAUUCCUACAAGUUCCAAUUGCAAGAAACAGCUGACUCCCUUCAGAAUGACCUCCUACAGCCCUCCUGCUUUCAGGCUAGAAACAUCAGAUGGAGGCCAAGAAGAUGGUACUGAGGUGCAAAAAGGAAAGCGGGGCUCUGGUGAAGGGCCACCUCCCAUGGAGUCAUUAUUUCAGGAGGAAGACCGGAACUUCUCCCCUCAGAUCAAAGUGAACCUCAAUUACAGAAAGGGAAAGGGAGCAGGCACCAGCCAGCCUGAUCCUAACCGCUUUGACCGUGACCGGCUCUUCAGAGUGGUUGCCCAAGGUGUUCCCGAGGAUUUGGCUGGGCUGUCUGAGUACCUGUGCCGGACCAGCAAAUAUCUUACUGACUCAGAGUACACAGAGGGCUCAACUGGGAAGACUUGCUUGAUGAAGGCUGUGCUUAACCUUCGGGAUGGGGUCAACGACUGCAUCCUGCCACUGCUACAAAUUGAUCGGGACUCUGGCAAUCCCAGGCCCUUGGUGAAUGCCCAAUGCACUGAUAAGUACUACCGAGGCCACACUGCUCUUCACAUAGCCAUUGAGAAAAGGAGCCUGCAGUGUGUGAAGCUCCUGGUGGAGAAUGGGGCCAAUGUGAAUGCCCGAGCCUGCGGUGACUUCUUCCAAAGGAGCCGUGGGACUUGUUUCUAUUUCGGAGAGCUACCUCUUUCACUAGCUGCGUGCACCAAGCAAUGGGACGUGGUGUCCUACCUCCUGGAGAACCCCCACCAGCGUGCCAGCCUGGAGGCCAUCGACUCCCAGGGAAACACAGUCCUGCAUGCCUUGGUGAUGAUUGCAGACAACUCAGCUGAGAACAGCGAACUGGUGAUCAGUAUGUAUGACAAGCUCCUCCAAGCUGGAGCUCGUGUCUGUCCCACAGUGCAGCUCGAGGACAUCACCAACCAUCAGGGCCUCACACCCUUGAAGCUGGCUGCCAAGGACGGCAAAAUUGAGAUUUUCAGACACAUCCUGCAACGGGAGUUCUCAGGGCCAUGCCAGUCUCUUUCUCGGAAGUUCACUGAGUGGUGUUAUGGGCCUGUCCGUGUGUCACUCUAUGACUUGGCCUCUGUGGACAGCUGGGAGGAGAAUUCAGUGCUGGAGAUCAUCGCCUUUCAUUGCAGAAGCCCGCACCGACACCGAAUGGUGGUCUUAGAACCACUGAACAAACUGCUGCAGGCGAAAUGGAACCUGCUUCUUUCCAAGUUCUUCUUCAACUUCCUGUGCUACAUUGUCUAUACGGUCAUCUUCACUCUUGUUGCCUAUCACCAGCCUUCCCUGGACCAGGGCUUCCUCCAAAAAGUGGCAACUGAGACCCCCUUUCUGCUGCUGGGUCACAUCAUCAUCUUCCUUGGGGCCAUCUACCUCCUAUUGGGCCAGCUGUGGUACUUCUGGAGACGCCGGACGUUCAUCUGGAUCUCAUUCAUGGACAGCUACUUUGAAAUUCUCUUUCUGCUCCAGGCCCUGCUCACAGUACUAUCCCAUGUGCUGUGUUUCCUGUCUACUUCAUGGUACCUACCUCUGCUUGUGUUCUCCUUGGUGCUGUGCUGGCUGAACCUGCUUUACUACACACGUGGUUUCCAGCACACCGGCAUCUACAGCGUCAUGAUUCAGAAGGUCAUCCUGAGGGACCUGCUGCGCUUCCUUCUGAUCUAUUUGGUCUUUCUAUUUGGCUUCGCUGUAGCUCUGGUGAGCUUGAGCCGGGAUGUUCCAAAGUCAGACUCCAAUGUCACAGAAAGUGCUCGGACGCAAGAGGGGCAGGAGAACAAGGAAAUUAGCUCAGUUCCCUAUGAAAACAUCCUGGAUGCCUCCUUAGAGCUCUUCAAGUUCACUAUCGGCAUGGGUGAGCUGGAAUUCCAGGACCAACUGCUCUUCCGUGGAAUGGUGCUGCUACUACUGCUGGCCUAUGUGCUGCUCACCUACAUCCUGUUGCUCAACAUGCUGAUUGCCCUCAUGAGCGAGACAGUCAACAGUGUCGCCACUGACAGCUGGAGCAUUUGGAAGCUUCAGAAAGCCAUCGCUGUUCUGGAGAUGGAGAAUGGCUACUGGUGGUGCAGGAGAAAGAGGGUCAGGGCUGGAGUGCUGUUGACAGUUGGCACCAGGCCAGACGGCAGACCUGAUAAGCGCUGGUGCUUCAGAGUGGAGGAAGUGAACUGGGCUGCAUGGGAGCAGACACUUCCAACAGUGUGUGAGGAGCCAUCAGAGCCGGAUAGCCCUGGCAGCACAAAGAAACCUGCCUUGGCCUAUUCUCCUCGAAAGGGCAGUGUCUUGGAAGGAAACCAGCUGCCUCUUCAACUCCUGGAAUCUCACUGAAGUCCCAGAUGAGCUGGAGGGCAGGACCUACAGAGCAAGAAACUGUUCCAACCCCACCUGCUGGUACAGGGACCCAUGGGAACAAUUCAGGCAAAUAUAAGAAUUUUCUCUU